UUGCAGCGUGUAAGAGGAGCCAGCUGCACUGCACAGAGGACAGCUGUAGUGUAUGGGACAACAGAUGCACAUUACAGAAACACAGCUGCACUACAUUCAAGACAACAGGAACUAUAGAUGCAGUUUGUGCAUCAGAACUUCAAGGUAGAACAGCUUCACGGAGUAGCGCAAAGUUUGGUGCAUUUCACUGCAGAGGGGUGCACCACAUGAAAGUUUGUUGCAGGUUAUACGAGUUAAGUGCAGUGCGUGCAAGUUAAACACAUGUGCACAUUUUCCAGUUUGUGUUUGGAAAUGGUGCAGUGUCCAGCAUAGAGCUGCAACACACAUACAUAGAUACAUAUACACACACAUAUAUAUAUAUUUAUACAUACAGGAUUUGGCCGGUGCAUUAUCUGAGGAACAGAUGCAGUGUUUACAUACAUGUGGACAUUAUUAUACAUUGAUGCACGAAUUAAUUACAGUGAAUGCAGAAUUUCCGGUAUUUUCAUGCUGCAACACGCUAUAAUGCAUAUAUGUAAGAUUUGGUUGAUUCAUCCAUCAGACCAUUGCUGAUGCAGAAGAUGCUUCUGUUGUUGAUGGUGACAGUGAUGACAAUGACUAGUUUUGAUGAAGAUAAAGAUGACAGAAACACCCGCAUUCCGCAUCUUACUGCAACUGGUCACAGUCUUAAUUUAUCUCAACGGUUCCCUGUGUGUAGACAUCAGCUACCACGUGGAGGAGGAACAGAGAGAAGGAACCUAUGUCGGUGAUAUUGCUGCAGAUUUCCUAUUAAUGAGUGACUCUUCAUUAAAACAUUCCAGUUUGAUAUCGUUUAAUCAAUUACAAAAAGGUGCUGGUGGCGAAAUGGAACUGUUUAAUGUAACAAAACAAGGCAAGCUGUACACUGCACACAGGCUGGAUGCUGAGGAAUUGUGCACGGUGAAGAAGGAGUGCAGCAGAAUUAUCAAAGUGGCAGCGCAGUUGUCUGAGAGAUCCAGCACCCAGUACAUGAACAUUUUAAAAGUCAAGAUUAUUAUUGAUGACGUUAAUGACCAUCAACCAAUGUUUCCUACAAGAGAACUUGAUCUUCAUUUCACAGAGAGAGAUGGUAAAGGAGUGAUGCUAGCUGUGCCAAAUGCCAUUGAUAGAGAUGUUGGAGUUGUGAAUUCAAAGAUAUCAUAUCAGUUAAGAAAUAAUCCAGACUUACCAUUUACAUUGUCUGCAAGGAAAACCAUUACUGGUAGUUCUGAACUGGGAGUCAUUUUGGCAAGGAAAUUAGACAGAGAGGUAAAAGAUUCUUAUAAUCUGCAAGUUAUUGCCAAAGACGGAGGCUAUCCAUCGAAACAAGGUGUUUUAGAUGUGCACAUAUCUGUCAUAGACUUAAAUGAUAAUUCACCAGUAUUUAAUAAAGAUAUUUAUAACAUCUCAGUAAGGAACACGCAUCAAAGAAACAGGCCAAUUGCAAUGGUGUCUGCGAAAGAUUUAGAUUCGGGAGAAAAUGGUCAUGUUAGUUAUUUCUUCAGUUCGGAAACACCAGAGAAAGUGAAAACUUAUUUCAGACUCAAUCACAUGACAGGAGAGAUUUUUCUACAAGAAGCUUUCAGAAGAGCUAAAAAACAAAAUUAUGAACUAUUUAUCAUGGCUAAAGAUGGUGGGAAUCCUCCAAGAAGUUCUACAGCCAUUGUUUUAGUGAAUGUAAUUAAUGAAAGAAACAAUCCUCCUGAAAUUGAUAUCAACUUUGUUACUCAGAUAAAAGAGAACACGGCAGCCAUUUCUGAAGGAACCAAAGUUGGUAGUUUUAUAGCUUAUGUCAGUAUUAUUGAUAACGAUACUGGACAGAAUGGUGAGGUGGAAUGUAAGCUAGAGCAUGAUAAAUUCUUACUUUUAGAUUUAGGAUCAAAUGAAUUCAAAAUAACUUUAAAGAAACCGGUGGACAGAGAGACACGAGAUCAUUAUGACAUUAGUAUUUCUUGUGAAGACAAAGGAACUCCUUCUUUGAAGACAGAGAGGAAAAUCUUCAUCCAAGUAACAGACAUCAACGAUGGUAAACCACAAUUUACCAAAGAUACAUUUAAAUUCCUCACCUAUGAGAAUGGUAUACCAACUUUCCGAUUGGUUUCAUCAAUGCCAGAUCAAGAUUUAGAAGCUGGCGGUCAGUUGUCUUAUAGAUUAAUUAGCAAUAAUAUAAACGGUAUACCGUUUCACGUUACGGAUUAUGGUUUCAUUUCAACGUCCAUAGUUUUGGACAGGGAACAACAGGAUGUCUAUAAGUUCAAGGUUUUUGUCAAAGACAAGGGAACGCCAUCACUGAACAACACUGCCAAUGUGGUUGUAGAGGUUUUAGAUGAGAACGAUAAUGCCCCUUAUUUUACAUUUCCUAGUGUUGACCCUUUCACUCUUGAUGUCCACUAUCAUCCCCAAAGUACCAGUGAAAUCACUGUGAUUAGAGCGUCUGAUAGAGACAGUCAUUUAAAUGCCUUCCUCAAAUACGGAAUACUUAACGGUAACAAUAAACAGCUGUUUACACUGAACUCUUUCACUGGUCAAUUGUCUUUCUCACGUCCACCUCAUCUCAACGAUGCUGGCUCAUACCAACUGGUGCUUGUGGUCAAGGAUUCUGGUAGUCCAGUGUUGUCAGCCACAACUACUGUGUCUUUGAGUGUGACAGUCAGUAACAGGACAUCGUCCAUAAUGACAGCUACUCAGUUACAGCCCGAUGCAGCAAUAGACUUAACGUUAUUAAUUAUCAUUGUAGUAGCAGCUGUAAUAGUAUCUGUGGUGAUUGUAGUGUCCAUCACAUUGUGUAUUGUGAAAUGUAACUGUGGUCAGUCUAGAUCAAGGACCAGUAGGGCUGUUGACCAAACAGUUGUGUGUAACAGAAGAGACCAAACAUUAACUUGUCAGAACACCAGCACCACACCUGGUAAUCCAGUCAGGUAUUCUUCGGAGAUGAAUAAAAGAAAUACUCAGUUUGUGGAAUGUAAGAGAGACUUUUACCCACAGUAUGAAUCUCAAAGUGAGUGGGCUGCUACUGUGUCUAUAGAGAAGAGACCACCAUCAACUGUUCAGCUUCCAAAAUGGUUACCAAAACGUUAAAGAUUCCACAAUCUUCACCUAUUCUAACAUAUCGGAUAUUGAUGGUGAAUUUAGAGCAAUUGUCUAUUAUCUGUGUUUUAUAUUCCUUGCAAUAUAGAAUUGUAUAUUGUGUGA